GUGAGGAAGCAAGCAAAUGGCCAUAAACAGAACAACACACACACAUACACACAAACUCUCCCUCCCGCGGAGAUGCUGUAGAAGAGACGGAGAGCGACAGAGAGAGAGCGAGCGAGCAUUUUUACUUGGACAACUUGUGAACAUCGCAAGUGCAUUCAUCCAGAUCAAGUGCUGAAAGGAGCUCGAUUUAAUUCCAGGAAGAAGCUUGUUGAAGACAGCAAAGAUGAUUGCCACCACUCAACAGAACAUGGGCACGGACUUGGACAUGCAUGCUUCAGCCGGUCCACCUCGGAACUGGAAGGGCAUUGCAAUCGCCAUGAUGGUGAUCGUUGGUGUUCUAUCACUGGUCAUCCUUUCAGUCAUCAUGCUCACACCUGAUGAGUCUCACCUGUUUCUGCGAUCCCGUCUCACCAUGGAGGAUCUGGAAAGUGAGAAGUAUACAGUUCACGACCCCUGUGUGACCUGGUUGGAUGAGAAGGAGGUUGCUCUCAGAACCAGAGAGGGUCAUGUCCUGUCCUACAGCCUCCACUCCAACCUCACAGCUACCCUGCUGGACAACAGCUCUUUAGAUUUGACUUACACAAAGUUCCAUGUGUCUGCAGACAAGAGGUUUGUCUUGUUGACAUACAACAUUCAACCGAUUUUCUCUCAGUCCUUCACAGCCUCUUAUGCCAUCUACAAUGUGGCUAAAGGGGUUCUGUUGGAGCUUACCCCUCCAGCGGGGGAGAAGGCAUUGAUACAGUAUGCAGCCUGGGGACUGCAGGGGAACCAGCUGGCCUUUGUGUUUGAAGGCGAUAUCUACUACCAGACAGAAGUGACCAGUAAACCUCUCCGCCUCACAGCUACAGGCAGAGAGGGGCUGGUGGUCAACGGGCUGAGUGACUGGAUUUACGAGGAGGAAGUGCUCUUGACUUACCCUGCCAACUGGUGGUCGAAAGAUGGAGCUCGCUUGGCAUACCUCACCAUCAACAACUCUGCCACACCGCUAAUGGAGAUACCUCACUUCUUGGGUGGGGUCUAUCCCUCCAAUGUGUUCUUUCCUUACCCCAAGGCUGGCUCCACCAUCCCCACUGUCAGUCUGUUUGUGGUGAAUCUCUAUGGUCCAGCUCACACUCUAGAGAUGAUCCCUCCAGACUCUGUCAGGGCCAGAGACCGCUACAUCUCCAUGGUGACAUGGAUCAGCAGCACUCAGUUGGCGGUACGUUGGUUGAACCGGGCCCAGAACCAAUCAGAACUCUGUGUGUGUGAGGCCACCACUGGGGCAUGCUCAAAGAAACAUACAAUGGUCAUGGACUUAAUGCAAAACCAACGACAGGAGGUGCCAUUGUUUUCAUCUGAUGGCUCUUGGUUUUAUUUGACGUUGCCAGCCAAGCAGGGUGCCCGGGGGGAGUUCCGCCACAUUGCCAGUCUGCCAGCCCAGCCUGCCAGCCCCUCUGUCCCUCCUCGCUUUCUGACAUCCGGGAACUGGGAUGUCACUGUGCUGUGUGCCCUGGAUGAGGACAAUAGGAAAAUCUACUUCCUCAGCACAGAAGAAUCCAGACAGAGCAGACACCUGUACAGUGCGGACUUUGAAGGGAUCUUCCAACGCCAGUGUCUGACCUGCAACCUUCUAGAUGACUGUAGCUUUUUCAAAGCAGUGUUCAGCCCCAAUCAGACAUAUUUCACACUUUAUUGCCUAGGCCCCGGAGUCCCCAAGGUGACAGUACACAACACGAAGGACCCCUCCAGAUACAUAGUUCUGGAGGACAACACACCUCUCUCUGAGACCCUAGAAGGGAAGAGACUCCCAGAGACGGUCUUCAAGACCCUCGCAGCUGACAACCAUGAUCUACACCUGAAGCUGUCUCUGCCCCAGGGUUAUGAGGCCCACCUUCUCCCUCUACUCAUCAUUGUGGACGGAGUUCCAAGCAGUCAGUCGGUGACGGAGGAGUUUACUAUGGGAUGGCCUGAGGUGCUCGCCAGCACACAUGACAUGGCGUUAGCCUGGGUGGAUGGAAGGAGUGGGGUCGGCCGGGGGCAGAAGAUUAGCAGUGUGGAUCCCCGCAAGCUCAGCUCCCUCAGAGUCAAAGAUCAACUAGGAGUCGUAGAGUGGUUGAUGCAAUUGCCUUACAUUGAUGAUCGGCGGAUUGCCCUGUAUGGCAAGGCAUUUGGUGGUUAUUUAUCCCUCAAGAUGCUAGCUGCGACUGAUCAGCUGUUUAAAUGUGCAGCCGCUGUGGCUCCCAUAACAGAUUUCAAACUCUACAGUGCUGCCUUCUCAGAGAGGUAUCUAGGUCUCCCAGCAAAGGAGGAGCACACUUACCUGACGGCAUCUGUAUUGGAAGAUGUUCACAAGCUUAAAGACGAGAAUUUCCUCUUACUGCAUGGGACUGCAGACGCACGGGUCCACUUCCAGCACAGUGCAGAGCUCCUGAGCCGCUUGGUGAAGGUGGAGGCCAACUACUCCCUGCAGCUGUACCCAGACGAGGGCCACAUCCUGAAGGAGCGGCGCAGCAUCCAGCAUUCCCAACGGACCUUGGUGCACUACCUCCAGACCUGCCUGAGACACAACCCCCUCCUGGCCUCCAUAGAGGAGCCAGAUGAGGAGGACGACUGAGUACUCCCACCUCUGGUACUGGAGAAACAUACUGAGAAGUGAUGACUACUCAAAGUCAGACUACUACUAAACACUAGUCUCUUCCCACAGCCACUGACUAGACACAAGAGCACGGGAGUGUGGACCAAGAAUAUCAGAUCACAGCCUACUGUUAUCAGUUCACAGCAACUUUGGAAAUAUACAAUUUCUUCCCAACAUUGUUUGUACUGUUUGAAUUGUUGUCCCUGAUUCUUUACACUGUGUGGAUCCAUUAUCCAAGAAGUGACCAUGGCCAGGCCAAAUGUUGAUUCUUCUUAAAGUUUACAAAAUAGCCUGAACAUGCAUGUCGUAAAGGCUGCAUGAAGCAGAGUGGUUUACAAUGCAUUCUUCUAUGUUUCGUUAUCCUGCAUAUCUUAACUUUGCUUAACUUAUUACAGCUAAAAUCAGCCUGCUAUGCUGUUAUGUAACACAUACAGUGGGGCAAAAAAAGUAUUUAGUCAGCCACCAAUUGUGCAAGUUCUCCCGCUUAAAAAGAUGAGAGAGGCCUGUAAUUUUCAUCAUAGGUACACUUCAACUAUGACAGACAAAAUGAGGAAAAAAAAUCCAGAAAAUCACAUUGUAGGAUUUUUUAUUAAUUUAUUUGCAAAUUAUGGUGGAAAGUAAGUAUUUGGUCACCUACAAACAAGCAAGAUUUCUGGCUCUCACAGACCUGUAACUUCUUCUUUAAGAGGCUCCUCUGUCCUCCACUCGUUACCUGUAUUAAUGGCACCUGUUUGAACUUGUUAUCAGUAUAAAAGACACCUGUCCACAACCUCAAACAGUCACACUCCAAACUCCACUAUGGCCAAGACCAAAGAGCUGUCAAAGGACACCAGAAACAAAAUUGUAGACCUGCACCAGGCUGGGAAGACUGAAUCUGCAAUUGGUAAGCAGCUUGGUUUGAAGAAAUCAACUGUGGGAGCAAUUAUUAGGAAAUGGAAGACAUACAAGACCACUGAUAAUCUCCCUCAAUCUGGGGCUCUACGCAAGAUCUCAACCCGUGGGGUCAAAAUGAUCACAAGAACGGUGAGCAAAAAUCCCAGAACCACACGGGGGGGACCUAGUGAAUGACCUGCAGAGAGCUGGGACCAAAGUAACAAAGCCUACCAUCAGUAACACACUACGCCGCCACGGACUCAAAUCCUGCAGUGCCAGAUGUGUCCCCCUGCUUAAGCCAGUACAUGUCCAGGCCCAUCUGAAGUUUUCUAGAGAGAAUUUGAAUGAUCCAGAAGAAGAUUGGGUGAAUGUCAUAUGGUCAGAUGAAACCAAAAUAGAACUUUUUGGUAAAAACUCAACUCGUCGUGUUUGGAGGACAAAGAAUGCUGAAUUGCAUCCAAAGAACACCAUACCUACUGUGAAGCAUGAGGGUGGAAACAUCAUGCUUUGGGGCUGUUUUUCUGCAAAGGGACCAGGUCGACUGAUCCGUGUAAAGGAAAGAAUGAAUGGGGCCAUGUAUCGUGAGAUUUUGAGUGAAAACCUCCUUCCAUCAGCAAGGGCAUUGAAGAUGAAACGUGGCUGGGUCUUUCAGCAUGACAAUGAUCCCAAACACACCGCCCGGGCAACGAAGGAGUGGCUUCGUAAGAAGCAUUUCAAGGUCCUGGAGUGACCUAGUCAGUCUCCAGAGCUCAACCCCAUAGAAAAUCUUUGGAGGGAGUUUUAAGUCCGUGUUGCCCAGCAACAGCCCCAAAACUUUACUGCUCUAGAGGAGAUCUGCAUGGAGGAAUGAGCCAAAAUACCAGCAACAGUGUGUGAAAACCUUGUGAAGACUUACAGAAAACGUUUGACCUCUGUCAUUGCCAACAAAGGGUAUAUAACAAAGUAUUGAGGUAAACUUUUGUUAUUGACCAAAUACUUAUUUUCCACCAUAAUUUGCAAAUAAAUUCAUUAAAAAUCCUACAAUGUGAUUUUCUGGAUUUUUUUUUCUAAUUUCGUCUGUCAUAUUUGAAGUGUACCUAUGAUGAAAAUUACAGGCCUCAUCUGUUUAAGUGGGAGAACUUGCACAAUUGGUGGCUGACUAAAUACUUUUUCCCCACUGUAUAUGGUAUGGACUUAUUGUCCCUUUUAAUGUGCCAAAUACAUGGUAUUACAAGUGUAUUCACCAUGCCAAUUCAGAAACGUAUCCAGACUUGCAGAAGUUAUAGACUGUAUUUUCCCAUGCCUCUUGCAUGAUUAUUUUCAACAGUUCCAUGUUGUAUUUGGUAACUUUGGAUGGAUAUAAUAAGAAUGAACAAACCCAACAAAAUAUAAUAUGAAGCACAUUUGAUAGAAGUAUAUUUCAGUAGUUAUGUUUUUGUUUGUUUUCUUGACUGAAUUUCCUUUGAUAGUCACGCAUACUUUGUUCAUGUGUACUGCAAAAGUUUAACACCUCACUGAAAAGUAUACAUCUCCCCCAGCAUUGUGGACCCCCAAUCAAAGUUGUGGAACAUCUAUGGUGCACUGCUUGUAGUCUGUUUGCAAUUGAGUAGCCAACUUUACAUUUUUCCUUUUUUUUGUUUUACUAAAUCCUUUACGAUAAAGAAUCAAUUCCUUGUUUUACAGAAA